AAUAUAUUUCCUGAAAACGUGAAUAUCAGAGAAGAAGCCAAGAUUAUAUUGAAUCUGCUAUAAUAAUGCCAAUAAUAUGUAGGAAUGAACACUCCUUUGUUAAAAUUGAUAAAGCACAUGACAUAUUUCUGAAGGGGAAAUCUAAAUUGACGGAGCGCCACCGCCAGGUUCUGAUUAAGGAUAACUCUUUUCUUAACAUUUACAAAAUAAGUUGCCUGCUCUGAAACUUAAUCAAGUUAGGUUAAAGUCUAAUGCUUUUGGUCAAGGUUUGAUUUUGUUAAGUCACGAAAUGGCACGAAAACUUUUAGGAAAGGUAGCCAUUGUCACAGCAUCCACUGAUGGAAUUGGUUUUGCUAUAGCCAGACGAUUGGGACAAGAUGGUGCCAAGGUCAUGAUCAGCAGUCGCAAGCAAGAACAUGUUGACCAUGCCGUUCAGACCUUAAAAAAAGAACAUUUGGAAGUUGAAGGUGUUGUUUGUCAUGUUGGCAAAACAAGUGAUAGAACAAAUUUAGUUGAAAAGACUGUAGAGAGAUUUGGUGGUAUUGAUAUUCUGGUUUCCAAUGCUGCUGUCAAUCCUUAUUUUGGACCAAUGAUGAACAUAAAAGAAGACUCAUGGGAUAAGAUAUUUGAUAUAAAUGUAAAAGCUACUUUUCUACUGUGUCAAGAAACAGUUCCUCACAUUAUUAAAAGAGGGAGUGGGUCAAUUAUUUUAGUUAGUUCUAUAGCAGGUUAUGUACCUUUAUCGUUAUUAGGACCAUAUGGUGUUAGUAAAACAGCAUUGUUUGGAUUAGCUAAAGCUAUGGUACCAGAAUUAGCCCAAUCUAAAAUCCGAGUUAAUGUAUUGGCUCCCGGUAUAAUUAAAACCAAAUUUAGUGAAGCUUUAUGGAAGAAUGACGGUGCAUAUAAAAUGGCAUUACAGCAAAUUCCUUUAGGCAGAAUGGCAGAACCUGAGGAAUGUGCCGGUACUGUGUCCUUCUUAGCCUCAGAUGAUUCCUCGUAUAUUACAGGAGAAACUAUUUUAGUUACUGGUGGAAUGACAGCAAGAUUGUAGGACAUCACUCAUAAGCUCCAAAUAUAUGUUAGGAAAUUGAUAAUUUUAUGUAAACAAAUUUGAUAUCUAUAGAACACUAUGACAGUCAGUGUCAGAUCAAGUAUAUCCAGACUGGGAAUAACACAAUCUAAUCAAAAUACAAAUCUAUAUUUCGUUUCGUUUUUUUAUUUCGAUGGCCUACACUACAUGAAGAUCUGAUGAGUUGUACUGGGAGGUCGUGUCAGGGGUCGUAGGAGUGGCUUUUGACUAUUAUGUCAUACAUUGAUUAAUCAAUCAGCGUUGAGGUUUCUAAUGGUUUACCCACAUUUCCGUGCUUGGUGUUUAUAUUUUCAACCAAAACGCCCGUAAUAUAACAACUCUUCCAGAUCCUAGUGUAGUGAAGACAAGUAAAACGAAAUUUUGAACUAUAAAAAACGAAAUAGGAUCUGUGUUUUAAUCAAAUUGUGAAUACUAUUGUUUUGAAUAUAGACUGAUAUCACUUGUGAUUUCCAAACAAUCUGUAUUGUUUUCAUUUGAAUGAAAUAUUAAUGAUGAUUUUUUUUUAUAUUAAUAUAAUUGAGAUCGUA